CAGAAUUUGUUGCGCAUGCAGAGAUGGGCAGCGAGGAUGACCACGCCAGAUUGAAGCCAUGCCACUCGCAGAGCACGAUAUGCUCCAAGCUAAAGAUUCUGCUGCUGCUGCUGGUAACUAAUCUGCUUUCAAUUUUUCUCUUUGUCAGGAACUUCGAUUGGGCGGCGCCGGCGGUGCAUCUACGGGACUCCGGCAUUCUCCUCCGGGAGCUGAACGCCACCCAGCGCCAGCUGCCCGACAGCCAGUCUCAGGUGUCUCUGCUCAGCAGGCGGAUCGGGACCGCCAACUCCCUGCUCGAGACGCUUUUGAUGGAGAUCGGCAAGGUCCAACGGGUGGCGGGGUCGCCGGAAGGGGAGCUGGAAAAGUGGGCCAGCCAACUCACAGGCGAGCUCAAGCUCGUCGUUGGGUCUCACAAACUCCCCUUCGGGUACACCCCCAACAUCGGCUCCGAUGAGCUCUACCCGGUGCUCGGCAGCGGCUGUCGCCUGUACGAGGAGGAGCUGGCGGAGUACAUGAGCUACGAUGUGGGCGGCGAGUGCCCCUCCGACGAGGUGUUCUCGCAGCGGCUGAUGCUGAAGGGGUGCGAGCCCCUGCCGCGGCGGCGGUGCCACCCCAAGUCGCCGGCGGGGUACGUGGAACCCGCGCCGGUCCCGGAGAGCCUGUGGGCGAUUCCGGCGGACACGAGCAUCACCUGGGACGCGUACACCUGCAAGAACUACUCGUGCCUGGUGAACCGGGGGAAGGCGCAGGGGUCGUACGACUGCAAGGACUGCUUCGACCUGCAGGCGGGGCGGGAGAAGCACCGGUGGGUGCAGGGCAACGGGGAGCUGGACUACGCCAUCGACGAGGUUCUGGCGAUGAAGCCGGCGGGGACCAUCCGAGUGGGGCUGGACAUCGGCGGUGGGUCGGGGACGUUCGCGGCGCGGAUGUGGGAGCGGAACGUGACGGUGGUGACGAGCAGCAUGAACUUGGACGGCCCGUUCAACAACUUCAUCGCUUCGCGGGGGCUGGUGGCGAUAUACUUCAGCGUCGCGCACCGACUGCCGUUCUACGACAACACCCUCGACCUGGUGCACUCCAUGCACGUCCUCAGCAACUGGAUCCCCGACGCGAUCCUGGAAUUCGCGCUGUUCGACAUCUACCGGGUGCUGCGGCCAGGCGGCCUCUUCUGGCUCGACCAUUUCUUCUGCCUCGGCGAGCAGUUCAACGUCACCUACGUCCCCAUGUUCGAGCGCAUCGGAUUCUGGAAGCGACGGUGGAACGCCGGCCGGAAGCUGGACCGCGGCAUCGAGAUGAACGAGUGGUAUCUCUCCGCCCUCCUUGAGAAGCCCAUGACAUAGUUUUUUUUUUUUUUUUUUUUUGACUUUUUAAUCUAUUGACCAAUUAAUUUCUGUAUUUCUAAGUGGGUACUGGAAAAAGGGUGCAAUAUGAAAUGGAACCAUGUGGGUACUAUUACUAUUGAAUAAAUACUAGUGAUUCAGCA